AUGUUAACCCCUCAUUUCCUUGGAUACUUCGUACUGUACACUAGAGACCGCUCGUCGGACAUGUUGCGAUUUGCUGCCACAUCAGUGUGUCUCCAAAAUGUUUGCUUCAUGAAUUUACAAAUUAUACUUUUCAACGCUACCUGGUUAUUUGUACAUCAUCAGGCUGAAAAGUAUCCACAUAUUUUGGAGUCAUCUAUGCCAUGUACUGAUUUUGGACUUAUCACUUACCUCCCAAGUGCGCAGUCACCAAUAACUUAUAUUGAGUAA